UCUCAAUCCAAAUAUUAUAAUUCAUUUUAUUUGUGUGUGAUUUUGUAAUUCUUCCAAAUUAUUAAACUGAACUGCAAAUUAUGAGUAAUGAACGUUUUCUCAAAUUAAUUUUUAAAUCGCUUUUGUUGUAUACCAUUUAAUAUAUAAUUUCCUGAGUCGUAUUAUUUUAAUAAUAAUAGCUCAGUACUGGUUACAAACUUUCCAAUAUUCUGUUCUCGGUAGUUUUUACGUAUUGUACGUGAGAUUAAUAAAAUACAUACUUUAAAUGAUCGUGAAACGAUAAAUCUGCGCGUUGGUGUUAAACUUACACUUGCAUUUUGUGUGUACUUUAAUUUAAUUGCAGUAAGCAUUUACGUGCCCUCCCGACGCCAUGUUGCUAUUUACACUUUGAAUUUUACGGAGUUUUGUUAUGGGUAUUGUGUUGUGAGUAAAAUAGUGCGUGAGUAUGUUGGAAAAUGUUCCUAUACACGGAAGCCGCAGUGAUAUUAAAAGCAAACCCCCAACCCAUCAACGAAACCUCAGCUUGGAUUUUAGACAUUUGACAAGCCCAUCCAGUGGGCCGCCGCCGGGAUGCGGCCACCAGAGGAACAGGUCCCUGGACUCUGUUCUUCAGCGGAUACCGGAGGACAUGACCCCGACGUCGCCGGAGGGGGCGCCGCUUCGACACGACGCGCCCGGGCCCAGGCUCGCGUUACCGCCUGAGGUGCCCGCGGGUUCCGACGACUCCGGCAUCCACACCCCGCCUGACGGCAACGAUGAAGAGCGGCCGCAGCCCCCAGCCGCCGCACGGUCGAGGGAGAGCCUCGAUUCCGGCAACCCGGAAGACUCCGACAAACCGCCCGACCCGCCCGACACCGCCGACGAACCGCCAGUCAAAACAAUGUGCGUCUCCGACACGUCGAAAAAAAAAGACUUUCUCCUCCGACUUUUUGAAAGCAAACUGUUCGACAUGAGUAUGGCGAUCUCGUAUCUGUUCAAUUCGAAGGAACCCGGUGUGCAGACCUACCUAGCGAACAAACUGUUCUCAUUCCCGGGCGAAGACGUGGACUUUUACCUCCCCCAGUUAGCGACUAUGUAUAUAGAAAUGGGGGACGUGGCGGACGUUUUGCGGCCGUAUUUGGUGUAUCGGUGUAAACAAAGUGCUGAGUUUUCGCUCCAACUAGCGUGGUUGUUGACUGCUUUUUGUGGUGACGCGAAGAAGUCGAGGGCGACGAAACUGAGGGAUUCUAUCCUGGCUGAGGAGAUAAGGCCGGCGGCGCGGAGAGGCCAUCACAGAUCACAGUCGGAUGCCUCCGCGUUGAGGCUGGCCACUCCGUCGGGCAGACACUUGGGAGACCUCGCGUCGGGCCGUGCCUUCGACAACGGCUGUCUGUGUGGGGAGCAGUGCUCGUGCGGGGCGCCGAGGCUGGCGCCGCAAAUACAGUUCCUCACCGCGUUGACAAACAUCGGGAGGCGACUGGCCGGCGUCGCGGACAAGGAGCGACGGAACGGCCGACUCAGAGCCGAGUUGGCGACGUUGGAUCUGAACCUGCCUGCUCGCGUAUGGCUGCCUCUUCAUCAAAAGCCUCACUACGUGUUGAGGAUACCACCGCACGCAGCCGCUGUAUUGAACAGCAAGGAUAAGGCGCCGUACAUAAUGUACGUGGAGGUGCUAGAAACGGAGGGACACGAGCCUCUACCUCCCCGCCUGCUGCCGCCUGCGCCGCCCGCACCUCACUCCCCUCCCAUACGACACACGAAGAGUGAAGAGAACCUCGUCCCCGAGUGGCCGGCCCUCUCCCUGUACUCCGCGCUAGAGGACUCCGACGCGGGGGACUGCUGGAGUCACGAGGAUGAAGAACUAAGCACACAGUAUCCUGCCAAGCUACCGGCUCCCGAUAGCUUAUCACAGGUGUCGGCAAUGUCGGUGAUGUCGGCCGUGUCGGGCGUGUCGGCGCUGUCGACGUCGUCGUGCGGCUCGCGCGAGUCGGUGGCGGUGGGCGCGGGCGAAGUGCGGCGCCGGCUGGCCGACGCGACCGCCGAGCCGCCGCCCAACACCUUCCGCCGCGACCCGCAGGACCCCUCCGCGCUCGCGCUCAAGGAGUCGUGGGAGAGCAAGCUAGCGCGCAUGCGCUCGUCGUCGCCAUACGGCGCGCUGGCGGGCUGGCGGUUGCUGGGCUGCAUCGUGAAGGUCGGCGACGACCUGCGCCAGGAGAUGCUCGCCGCGCAGCUGCUGCGUCGGCUGCAGGCCGUGUGGGAGCUGGAGCGAGUGCCGCUGCGCCUGCGCCCCUACGAGAUCCUGUGCCUCGACCGCGAGUGCGGUCUCAUACAGCCGGUGCUGAACUCGGUGUCGCUGCACCAGAUCAAGAAGCAGUCGGGCAAGUCGCUCCGCGCGUGGCUGGAGCUGGAGCACGGGCCGCCCACCAGCGAGGGCUUCCUGCGCGCGCAGAACAACUUCGUGGAGUCGGCCGCCGCAUACGCGCUCACCAGCUACCUGUUGCAGCUUAAAGACAGACACAACGGGAACAUUCUAUUGGACAGCACGGGGCACAUUAUCCACAUCGAUUUUGGAUUCAUAUUCUCAAUUUCACCUAAGAACUUGGGAUUUGAAAGUUCGCCUUUUAAGCUGACGAGCGAGUUCGUGGACGUGAUGGACGGCGAGAGCUCGGACAUGUUCGCGUACUUCAAGAUCCUGUUCCUGCGCGGGCUGCUGGCGGCGCGCAAGCACUGCGACCAGAUCAUACACCUCGUCGACGUCAUGCGCAUGGGCGGGCAGCUGCCUUGCUUGCGUAGCAGCAGCGCCGUGAGCGCCUUCCGAGCGCGCUUCCACCCCGGCCGCACCGAGCCGCAGCUACGGACGCUCGUCGACCGACUGGUGCGCGACGCGCUGCACUCGCUCUCCACACGCCUCUACGACAACUACCAGUACUACACAAACGGCAUCCUCUAGCGCCUUGUCCCCUACUACCGGACAAGAGACGAGCGCCGAUAGUCCCGCCGUGGGCCGGCCGCAUCGAGCCGCAGCUGCGCCCGCUCUUCGACAACUACCAGUACCUCACCAGCGGUAUCCUGUAGUGAAUUGACCCCUACUACCGGACAAGAGACGAGCGUCAAUAGUCCCGCCGUGAGCGCUUCCAACCGGCCGCACCGAGCCGCAGCUGCGCGCGCUCUUCGACAACUAUCAGUACUACACCAACGGCAUCCUCUAGCGCCUUGUCCCCUACUACCGGACAAGAGACGAGCGUCAAUAGUCCCGCCGUGAGCGCUUCCAACCGGCCGCACCGAGCCGCAGCUGCGCGCGCUCUUCGACAACUAUCAGUACUACACCAACGGCAUCCUCUAGCGCCUUGUCCCCUACUACCGGACAAGAGACGAGCACCGAUAGUCCCGCCGUGAGCGCUUCCAACCGGCCGCACCGAGCCGCAGCUGCGCGCGCUCUUCGACAACUAUCAGUACUACACCAACGGCAUCCUCUAGCGCCUUGUCCCCUACUACCGGACAAGAGACGAGCGCCGAUAGUCCCGCCGUGAGUGCUUCCAACCGGCCGCAUCGAGCCGCAGCUGCGCGCGCUCUUCGACAACUAUCAGUACCUCACCAGCGGUAUCCUGUAGUGAAUUGACCCCUACCACCGGACGAGAUACGAGCGCCGAUAAUAUAGACGUGCGAUCAAAUUAUAUACGAUAAUUAUUAUUUAUUAAUAUACCUACGCCAUACAUACUCGACAUGAGCGAUAAUGUAGACUUUUAGAAGGUGUAGUAAAAGGCCCUGAGAAGUUUAUGUGGCGUUUUGUUUUAUCUAAAUAGUUAGAAAGACACAUUUAUCGCCACUAAACCAAACAUGGAAACAAGUUACAAUACAAGAUAUUUCAUGUCAACACAUUAUGACGUCAUACACUACAGCAAUUUCUUAUUUGUAUUUUUUUAUUUGUCUACUAUUUAUUUACUAGUUAAUUUUGAAAUCAUGGGAUUAUGCAUCAUAAAGGUUUUGUAAAUAGUGUAAUAUCAGUGCCAUACCUUUUAGACCGUAUAAUCGAAAUUUGUCAGACAAUGGAAAUACUUGACUAGUUGUUUCUCUAUAAAUAAUUUAGUGUCGGCACUACAUUUAGCUUCAAACAUUUGAAAAUUAAAUUUUGUACACUCAUUGACGCAGGCUGCUUAACCUGUGCCGUGCAUAAGUUUGUUGAUCAGGGUAUGUACAAGUAAGACAAAUUAACCAACCUGGGCAAAUGUGCAUUGAAUAAGCAUUAACAAAACUUAAUGUUAAACGUACUUUAAUGCGUGUACUGUACGUUAUAAAGCCAAAGAUACAAUUCUGUUCCAAACAGCUUCAGUACAUGUCCAAAUGUUUGAAGCUAGCCGGCAUAAAAAUAGAUUAGAGCGAGGGUACACGAUGCGUUGCGGCGCCGCAACGCAAAGAUUUCACCGUAUCAGCGGUCACACGUGCGGUACGGCGCCGCAACGUUGUUAUGUCGCAGCGGCGCCGUAGCAGCGUUGGACAGUGUUACUAACUCAUUGGCAUAAACAAGUGAGCGGUGCCGCUCCGACGUCGCAACGCAUUCAACCCUCCCCGCUGCGUCUCGGUGGUUGCAAACCCGGCGCGGCGCCGCAACGCACCGUGUGACAUGCCACAGAUAUUUCUAUGUACGACGACGCACCGCUGCCGCAACGCAUCGUGUGCCCCCGCUCUUAGAGAUCUAGUUCACGACAUUUGUGACUUUAGAAUACGCAAAUGUACUGCGGUUCUACAGAUCAUACAUCAUGAUAAAUCAGUAAAUAGUUGUUUUAACUUACUUCGAUAUCUAUACUAAUAUUAUAAAGCUGAAAAGUUUGUUUAUUUGAUUGAACGCGCUAAUCUCAGGAACUACUGGUCCGAUUUGAAGUUUUCUUUCAGUGUUAGAUAGCCCAUUUAUCGAGGAAGUCUAUAGGCUAUUUAAUAUCCCCGUAUCCCUACGGGAACGGGAACCACGCGGGUAAAACCGCGCGGCGUCAGCUAGUGAGUUUUCCGCCAUCUAAACAUGAGGCGUCAGGCUGCGCGUGUACAACAAAAUCCCAACGUUGAUAAAAUACCAGCAGGGUUAUUAUGUAACUCGGUGUACAAUUCAAACAAUCAGUCACUACAUCGUCUUUCAUCGUAUUUUCGGUUUUGCAACCAUCUAACAUUGUUUUUUCAACAAAAUGACAACUAUCGUCAUUUUACGUAAAAUGGCUUUAGUAUAGCAAUGGUAAUUGCAAUUAGUAACUUUAUUUUAACGAAAACUGGUAUUUACGUAAUUUCGUUGAAAUAAUCAUGUUAGACGAUCGUAAAAACAAAAUAUCACUGCCACUUUGUGAAAUGGCGCAGUCAAUGUUAUUUCGGUGAUAUAACUAUGUUAGAUGUUAACAAAAACAAAAAUAAGAUCAAGAACAUACAUACAGCCGAACGUAGAACCUCCUUCUUUUUGGAAGUCGGUUAAAAAUUAAAUAGUGACUCAUUGUUUGAAUGGUACACUGAGAUAUAUAAUAAGGCCGCUGGACAGUUAAAGUUUGUUGCAUGCUAUACCACUCUCAUUUUCAUUGUUUUAUUACAAGUUGCAGUAUAAAAAAAACCUAAUAUUAAAUUUAUUUUGCUAUCCUACAUACAUAAAAACCCCAAUUUAAGCUUCUCUACACUUUUAAAUUUGUAAUUUAAUUGUUGAUUUGUUCAAUCUUUUUUUUUUAACCACUGAAAUCAUUUUGACCCGUCCAUUUUUUUAUUUAGUGCUUAUAAUAUGCACUUUCGUCAAGGCACCAUUCUGAUGGACGAGACAAGAACAGAAUAACUUUGAUAAGACCAAGUUAAUAUAAUAAUUAUACCAACUGCAGAGUAAACUUAACUACUUGAUGCAAAAUAACUAACUGUUUGUAAAAUAAAAGUAAACUAAUUAUCAAUGUUAUUAAAAAUAACCUUUAGUAUGAGAUCAUGUUAUUGCCACACAGUUGAAACAAACUGUACUCUCUUAGAAUGAAAUCGUUGAAUUUAAAAUUUCCUUUGUAAAUGUCCUGUGAAUGUAGUUUGAACAUUGAAUAUUUGGAAAGUGUAAAUAUUAUAAAUUUGAUAUAAUUUUUGCAAUGAGAAGACUGAUUGUUUCACAGAUGAAAAGAGGGUUAGAAUUAGGUUCUUUGUCGAUAUAAAUAUAUAUAUAUGUUUUCAAUAAUAAUGUGUACAUAUUAUAAAGUUGUUUUUAAAUAUGAAAUUAUUAUCGUGAUCCCCGUAGUUGUCGUACAAGAUCGCCAAAACAUGCAUAAUUGAUGUAGCUAGUUAGAAAAUAUAUUAUUGUGAAUGUACUAUUUUAUUAAAUAAUAAUAAAUGAAUUUAUUGUCGGUUUUAGACAAGCGACAUAUGUAACUGUUAUAGACAAGCGACAUAUGUAACUGUUAUAGACAAGCGACAUAUGUAACUGUUAUAGACAAGCGACAUAUGUAACUGUUAUAGACAAGCGACAUAUGUAACUGUUAUAGACAAGCGACAUAUGUAACUGUUAUAGACAAGCGACAUAUUAUGUAACUGUUACAGACAAGCGACAUAAUUUGUAACUGUUAUAGACAAGCGACAUAUUAUGUAACUGUUAUAGACAAGCGACAUAUGUAAUGAGCACUCGUCUGCAUGGUACAGGGGAGAAAGAGGAGCGAAUGGCACGCGCAUCAUUCAUUCAUUGAUAAUACAAAAUUUUAAAAAAAAUCAAAAUCCCCCAAAGAUAAUGAAAUUAAGAAAUUAUUUCUGUAAUUACAGAAAGUUUAAAUGUUAUUGCAAUAUGUAGGCCGGAUCAAAGAAAAUUGUUUGUAAAUUUAAUUUUAAAUUUAUUUGCAGACAUUCGGUUAUUUUUCUCUACCCCCACAACUUCUUUUCAGCUCAACUGAUUUUCAUCAAACAUGUCUCACACUAACCUUUAAUACAAAAAAAAAAAAAAUUGAAAUCGCUUUAUCCGUUCGUCCGACAGACAGGUCAAACUUAUAACACCCCUCAUAUUGCGUCGGGGAUGUUCCUGCACCCCAUAGGUAACCUCUCUCUCUAUUGUCAUAUCACCAUCUACUGUACCCCGCGCGGACGAGGUCUCAAGUUAUGCAAUUUUCCUAUAGAUAGGUAUGUAUGAGGAAGCGACUAUACCUGAUGUAAUAUCAGUCUGCAAUAUAAGGAAACUUCCUUUGGGCAUGGGCAUAGUGCGCAUAUGCAUUGACCCCUUUUCGUCGGUUGGGUCGAAAUUACAAACUAUUGUCGAAAAAAACAGUGAAAGCUAACAGGCUAGUCCACGGAAGCGCAGCGGAGCCAAGAAACGUAAAUAUUAACUAAUAGGAUUGCACAAAAUCUCUUUUCUUAAGUGGACAGGGAUUUGCGAGCUAGUUUAAAAAAUCAUAUAAAACCGGUAAGCGGAGCGGGGAAUUACGUCUGCAACUCGGCUCCACAUUACUUUCUCACUUCGCUCGCCUCGCGCCUCGCGCCAGGAGCCUCGCUCCUUUCCGGUGGACAGACUACAACUCCGCUCCGCAUUAACCCGUUUCUCCGCUACGCUCACUCGCUCCGAUCUGAUAGACAGGCAGCCUAACGCUGGCACAGUCUGCAGCUGAGUUUACGUCAGAUGUUGCCGCUAUCUGAACUAAAAAAUCUCAUGUGUCUAAUUCUAUACAGCUAUGUGGUGUUCAUUCGGAUUUAUGGAUGGAUUAGAGAAUAAUAUUUAUGAUACAGUGUUCUAUAAAGAAUUAUUUUUAUGGGACCCUGAUUUUAUUAUUAUUAAUAUAAACAUAACUUCUUUGAGAGCGCUUAAAAGACUUGCGCUUUGGCUGUUCAUACAGAGUUUCAAGAAUGAUUAUGCGAACUGUAUUUAUAUAAUAAUAGCUUUUGCGCGCGUGUAUUUGUUGUAAUAUUUACUUCUCCAUCCGAAGAAUCGAAUUCUUACUCAACUUACUGAAUAAUUAGGUUCCCCAUGUGAAUUAGUUUAGUAAAUUUUAUAUGGUGCCGUAAUUUAUACAUCUAAUCCAUAUUCUAUUAUUUUAUUACAAAAAGCAGUUCGAUCCGGCACCUAGCCAUUUUUUUUUAUAAUAACUGCGCUUAAUGAUUCGACGAAUUUUUAUACUAAAAAUAUUCUGUAUUAUGUCCAAAAAAAUAUUAUUAUUAACAAUAUAUGUAAUUGCUUAACAAAUUUUCAAUAUAAUGUAUGUGAUAAACUGUGUAUUGUUUAGAAGUAAUAUGUGACAUACAUAACCCAUCCAAUAUGUGAAUCUAACAAAAUCCUAGUUGUUAUUAUUAUAAAUUAAUUUAAAUACUAGGAUUUUGAUUAAGUUGUGAUACUUUAACAAAAAAUACUAUGAUUGAACCCAACGUCGUUUGACGUCGAGUGAAGGGUUAUUAGUAUGCUAGAGGUUGACCGUUAUUUAUGACGCUCUUUGAUUGAAUGUUACAAUCGUUUAUUUCGUAUUCGAACACACAAUUAUUAAUUUUGUUACUUAUUAUACCAAAAAAAAAAAAUCUACAUUGGAAAUUAUGUUGGAAAAUUGUUGAAUUAAACCAUAUAAACGCUAAAUGUUAAAAUAUAAUUAUAAUUAUUGACUCGAAAAAACUACAAAUAUAUCGAUCUUAUUAUAUUUUCUUGUAAGCUGUAAAUAAUUUUAUUAUAUUAUAAAUAUAAUGGUUAUUAUAAUCUGGUAAAUAAAUUGACACGUCAUUAUACUAUACAAAGUCCAAAUUAGUUUCUUUUCAAAGUAAUUAUUAUUAUUAUUCAUGUUAUUUAUCAUGUUGUACAGGUAAUUGUAAGUAGGUUACAUUAAUGUUUACCUUAAUUUUUUAAAUAUACAUAUAUCAAAAUUUUUAA